GAGUCUGCCUUGCUGGGAGGACAGUGGAAUAAUAAAACAGCUUUACCCAGAGAGACAAAGGAAAACAUGGAUACACAGGGGAAAAAUCCCUCAAAACAGACACCUGUACCAGAGAGGAUGCUUUGGUCGUCCUGCACUUAGUCGGGGUUAUGCACGGACUCUUACCCGGUUUUUAAUGAGGCGGGUGGGGACUCACAGCGAGCUGAAAAGGCGGAAAGCUUUCUCUAGCCCGUCUGCGAAUCCUGCCUGCUUGCGAUGGCUGUUACGGCGCGAUGCUGUUACAGCAUAAAGGAGAACGUGCCUUUUUCUUUAUAUUUGGUAUUUUUUGUACUUAGUGGCCUUACAAACGCACAAAUACGGUACACCAUUCCAGAAGAGCUGGAGAACGGGGCUGUGGUCGGUGACAUUGUCCGGGAUUUGGGUCUGGACCCACGAAAACUCUCCACCCGACGCAUCAGAAUCACCUCGGACAGCGGACGGAGAUAUUUCACUAUAAAUCACAAAGCCGGGAAGCUGCUGGUGAGUGACCGCAUUGACCGAGAGGCCAUCUGUGAAUUCAGUGGCACCUGUUCUCAGAGCCUGGAGGUGGUCAUUGAAGAUCCGCUGGAGAUGCACAACGUGGAGGUGGAAAUUCUGGAUGUCAACGAUAACGCGCCACAGUUCCCUCGGGAUGAAUAUCAACUUGAGGUGUCGGAGUCCGCUCUAACCGGGUCCCGGUUUCCCAUCGAGGGCGCGCAGGAUGCAGAUGACGGCUCCAACUCGGUGAAGCAGUACCGCCUGAGUCCAAACGAUCACCUCGCUUUGGAUUCAGUUAAACCCUUUUCCAAUAGUAAGCACAUCGAGCUCAUCCUCAAAAAGCCCUUUGACCGCGAGCAGACGCCUUCUCACAAGCUGAUCUUGACAGCGGUGGACGGCGGCACCCCACAGAGAACUGGCACUGCCCAAAUUAACGUACGUGUCCUUGAUUCCAAUGACAAUGUGCCUGCGUUUGACAACUCCGUAUACAAAGUGAAACUGUCGGAGAACUCCUCGAAAGGUGCACUGGUGAUUAAAUUAAAUGCAACAGAUCCUGAUGAGGGCUUAAAUGGGGAAGUUUUUUACUCCUUCAGUAGUUAUACACCAGAGAGGGUUAGACAGAUGUUUUCUAUGGACACAGAUACAGGGGAAAUUAGGGUGAAAAACAACAUAGACUAUGAGGAGACAAAUUCCUAUGAAAUGUACAUACAGGCAAUGGACAGGGGGGCAGCUCCAGUGGCAGUGCACUGUAAAGUAGUGGUGGAGGUUUUGGAUGUGAAUGACAACAUUCCUGAAAUUGUGCUGUCUUCACUGUCUAGCCCAGUACGUGAAGAUGCCCGGGCUGACACAGUUGUAGCGUUGAUCAGUGUAAAUGAUCGUGAUUCCGGGCAAAACAAGCAAGUAACCCUGGAGAUCAUGCCUCAUCUGCCCUUUAAGAUCAAGUCUUUCCGGAACCAUUAUACCAUUGUCACUGCUGCUUUCCUGGACAGAGAGACCAUCUCCUCCUACAAUGUUACUGUGACUGCAAUUGAUGGAGGUACUCCACCCCUGUCUUCUGACAUGACUUUCAAAGUGGAUGUUGCAGAUGUGAAUGACAACCCACCUCGCUUUGAGCAGACAUCAUAUACUGUGUAUGUCACAGAGAAUAAUGCUCCCGGUGCCUCUCUGUGUGUAGUAAAGGCCACAGAUGCUGAUGCUGGAGAAAAUGCACGCAUCACCUAUACUGUCCUCAAUGAUAACAACCAUGGCAUCCCCGUAGCUAGCUAUGUUAGUAUCAAGCCUGAUACAGGUGAGGCCUUUGCCCUCAGAUCCUUCGACUUUGAGAAACUGAGAGAGUUUCACUUCCAGGUCAAAGCCCAGGACAACGGUGUGCCUCCCCUUAGCCGUGUGGCCACUGUCUAUGUUUACAUUAUGGAUCAGAAUGACCACACGCCCAGGAUAGUCCACCCACCCACCAAUGGAACGCGAACCACAGAAACGCUGAUGAAAAAUGCAGAAGCAGGAGUGCUGGUGACCAAGGUGGUGGCGUGGGAUGGUGACGCAGGGCAGAAUGCAUGGCUGCUGUAUGCUCUUGAGCAGACCAGCACAGACCUUGACCUUUUCAAGGUGCAUGAGCACACAGGAGAGAUCCGCACCACUCGACGUGUCAUUGAGGACAAUUCCACCUCCUUCCUGUUGACAGUGCUGGUACGGGACAAUGGCCUGCCACCACUCUCUUCCACUGCCACCAUCCAUGUACAUGUACUGGAGCUGCCUCCCAAGCUGGCCCCUGACCCUAAGCGCAUCAUCAGGCCCCAUAGCCCUCUAAUGUUCUCUAAUGUCACCCUCUACCUCAUCAUUGCCCUGAGUGCCACCACCUUUGUCUUCCUUGUCACCGUCUUUGUACUGGCCAUUGUGCGCUGCCAUGACUACUGCACACAGCCUGGCUCCUGCUCUCCAUGCUGCGUAACCAAGAAGAGCGUGCCAGAGGGGGGCACCACAGCUGGAGGGGGUGGAGGAGGAGGGGGUGGAGGAGGUGGUGGUGGUGGGGCUGGAGGAGGUGGAGGACAACCUAACCAUAAUGUGGCACUACGCCGCGACCUCAAAGUGGAACCACACUAUAUUGAAGUGCGGGGUAAUGGGUCUUUGACCAAAACAUACUGUUACAAGACAUGCCUGACUGCCACAUCAGGAAGUGACACUUUUAUGUUCUACAACACGGGCCGUCCCCACAGUGGCACCUGGGGCUCAGGCUACGUCACCAGCCACAGCGGGCAGAGCCAGAUGUUUGUACGGCGUCUCAGUAUGCCAGAUGCAACUGCCAUUCAGCCCAAGGCACCUAAUGCAGACUGGCGAUAUUCAGCCUCCCUGAGAGCAGGAGGUGUAAUGCAGAGCUCAGUGCACAUGGAGGAGUCCUCGGUGAUGCAGGGAGCCCAGGGGGUUCUGGUCCAGAACUGGCCGACUGUGUCCAGUGCUGCAGAUGGUGAAGGUGGAGAAGUGUCCCCUCCAAUGGGAGCAGGUGUGGACAGCAACAGCUGGCACUUCCGUUAUGGCCCUGGUGGGCCAGGUGCUCCCCCACAACAUCUGAAACCUGGGGAGGUCCCCCCAGAAGCCUUCAUCAUACCCGGCUCUCCUGCCAUCAUAUCGAUUAGACAGAACCAAGGAGGAGAGGACGACAAGAGUGAUUUCAUCACCUUUGGAAAAAAGGAGGAGGCGAAGAAGAAGAAAAAGAAGAAGAAGGAGAAGAAGGACAAGAAGGAUAAGGGCAAGGAUGAUGGGGAUGAGUAGAGAAGUUGGAGGGAAAAAAGUAAAGAAGGAAAGGGCGUUGCUAAAACAGAGGUACCAACCAAAGUCCACUGGGAAAAAGAAAAUAAGAAAAGUAUCAUAGAUUUUCCAGUUCCACUUUAUCACAUAUUUUAUCACUCUCUUAAUAUUUUAAAGGUCUCUCUGUUGUGAAGUUGGCCUUAUCAAGAUUUUUUAUACCUCUAAUCCCUUGCUGAGGUAAAUUAUUAAUCUUGCCUUGAUGACAAUAAAAUGAUUGAUUUUCCUCCAUGCUCCCUUGUGCCUAUACACCCUGAGCCGAAUCAUGUCUCUUAAGGACCACUCUUUGCUCUCAUCCUCUGUUUUUCACCCUUUCACCCACUGGGCACGUUGGCACCUCUGUCUUACCCCCUCCCCAACCGUGAUGUGUAAACUGUUCUCUCUGAGAGAAGACAAAUACUUUAUACUCCAACAAGAAAAAGCUUUGUGCCAGCCAAGGAAAAAGAGAAAGAAAAAAGGAAACGGCAAGACAAAAGAAAGUCACCAGAAGAAUCACAAAGAAGUUUGAGUGAAAUAUGUAUGUGAUCUGGAGCUGGACACACACUACUUGUAAAUAGCUCAGGAGAGGGUCACUGCAACUAAGGCUAAUAUGACGCUGCUGCAGAUUCCUCUGGUAUUUACCAACGGUGUUCCCUGAGAUUGCGAAGAAAAAACAUGCAUACACAUGUACACAUACAUGCACUCAAAUACACACACACUCAAAUAUGCAAACACAAAUACACAGUUAUUAUGAUAAAGUGGACACUGAAAACACUUGCUAUUGAGAGAGAGAGAUAAAAAGGAGACAAAAUUAGCCAAUGUCAGAUAUGUGCUUAAAAAUAGACACUGCAAGCUUUUUUGCUGCACAGUCUCCUGUACGGCGCACAUGUGAAUAUCAACUCUCUCAGGAUGGAAACAGCAUCCUCAGCAGUCACUCUUUGUCUGCUCACUGCAUUUGUAAAAGACACAGAGAGCAUCAUCUCUAGCUAUAACCCCAGCUACUUAAUGCAGAGAGCAACAGAGAGAUGGAGAGAUGAGAAGAUACCUGAAAUUUUCCUGUGGACCACAGAAAUGAGAGUCCAGCGGAGCUGGCAUGUGAUUCAGUUUUUAGUUGCUGGACUCUGACGACACCUUGUAGAACACCAGGAAGGUCUCAGUCUUUUGGUAGUACCUUCUCCUCUCCCCUGCCACACAGCAAAAGCCUAAUGCUUUCUGCUCUGAAUGUUUGGUAGCAACCAGUCCUUUCCUCAUACCCUGAUUUUACCAUUGCUCACCUUCCCAUGCUCGUCCCAAGCUACCACAAGCCACCCUCUUCACCUGGAGACCCAACUGCCUUUUCCCCACUUUCACCCAGCCCACUGACUGCCUGUUCAUGUGAUAAAAUCUGUGAACGUGAUCUCCUUUCAUGUGUUCUCUUAGGAGAUCCACAAUUAACUAUUUUCAUGUUUUCUUCCUUUUUUUUUCCUUUUAGCUUUAACAGCAGUGCUUUUGUUUGUCAUGCCCACCCGCCUUUGUUCUCAGUCACUAUCCUUCUCUGGCCGUUGGCUUAGACUACCCCCAACCCCCAGCGCUGAUCCCCUGCUCAGGAAAUAUCCUGGGAAUGGCCUUCUCUGAACAUUGUGGUGUGCUGGAAACAGCAUGGAGUAAUGUGGACAAGGCCUGGGGAAGUCUGGUCGGGGGUAUGCGCCAUAAACUUGUCAGAUGUCUCUCUAAGUGCAAAACGGUUCAGUGCUUUUAACUUGUGUAUACUACAGUACACUAUUCAUUUCCUGUUUGUAGUCACUGAUGAGAGGGGACCAGGUGGGAUGGGGCUGAAGACAGGGGUGGAGGUCUGGGACAAAGUGAGGAGACAGGUGCCGUGGGCUGGCCCUCCCCUUCCAUGUACCAGAGAAUAAAGUUAUUCUCCAAACUGAUUGUUUAGGACUGUUGAGUCACAUAUUGGCUUUUAUGUACGCUGUAAAUGUAGCGUUGGCUUUUUGUAGACUGUCUCUACAUUAGUAAAUGAAACCUGCUAAAAUAUGGGCAUCUAUGGAUUCCCAUCCCGCAGCUCUAUCCCACUCAUCCUCUCUCAGGAGGAAUUGAAAAGGGGCGGUGACAUGCCUCAGACCUGCUUCUAUUGGUUCCCCUCCCUGCCUGUAACUUGUUGCCACAUCCCCAAAGUUUUGCGGCUCAAUAUGACGUCACUCCACUAAGUGGCUGCUGCAUGUACUGCUCAAAGGAAACACAUACUAUAUAGAGAAAUAUAUAUAUAAAUAGAUAGAUGGCUAUGAUUUUAUUCUUUUGUAUUAUCAUUUUACUUCAUGAUUCACAGGAGACAUUUGUAUGUAGUGUCUCUGCCAAGCAUCAUCUACAUACUACACCCUUCACAAUCUACAGAUGAUGGUGUUGUAUGGCAUCAACUAAACCUCUUUAGAUAUUUGUAAAUGCUAUAGUGUGAUACUCUCCAACGCAACUUUUUUUUCUUUUCCCAAAUAUGAUUUAUGUUUUUGAAAACAAGCAAAGAAAAAAAAAAAAAAAAAAAGGAUCACUCUUUGUGUCCGGCUUUGACGAUCUAACUAACACUGUAAUAUUGUAACUGAAAUAUGUAUGAUCCUAUGAUGAGCUAUCUCUUCCCUUUCACUUUACUUUAAACAAAAAAAUGAAAAACAACUGAAAAAAAAAAACUCCAGUGUAAAAAAAAAAGUAUAUGUAGUGUAUGCUUGUGUUUAGUGAGCGUUCAUGCUGUCAUUCUUUCCCAAUGUAUGGUGGUGAACUAUGGUGGCAAUGUGCUGUCCUCAUCGGAUUAGCACAGAUCUGUUGUAAAACCCCUUUUUGUACACCCGCUCAUCAACUGUGACAGUGAAGUAGUGAAUUUCAUUUAUUUUCUUGCUUUUUUUAUUUACCUAAAUGGAUACAGUGGUAAUGUGUUUUGUUUAUAAAUCACUAAUAAAGUUUUCUUUCUUAAAAAUGA